GACAGCUUUCACUCAAAUGUUGCAGAGCUAUUAGGUUCAAACUACAACAGUAGAUAACCUUGAAAUACAAUGUAUACUCACAAGGCGCAUGAGAAGGCAGCCAUGCCUCUAUAAGUUUAAAAUCAUCAAAUAAAAUGUAAAACUCCCUAAACUCCAACCUCCAAAAACAAACCAAAAACCAAAAACCAUACGACCAUCCAUCCAUCCACCACAAAUCAAACCAACCAUGUUCAACGCACUAAACCGCUACCUCUCGCGCCUCGACGGCGAGUCCCGGCCGCAGCAGUCGCAGGAGACCCAUGGCUUCGGCUUUCAGAUCCUGCGCAACACGAACCUCGAGUUCCCCGUCGAGCCCUGGUUCGACUUUAUCGUCGGCAUCAACGGCCGCGUAAUUGACAACCCCGACCCGCGCCUCUUCGCCCAAGAAGUCCGCAACUGCGCCGGCAGCAGCGUCGCCCUCGGGCUCUGGAGCGCCAAGGGCCAACGCACCCGCGUGCUGCACGUCCCCGUGCCCGCCGACACGCGCUCUCUCGGCCUCUCCCUCCAAUGGACGCCUCUCGCCGUUGCGUCCAACGUGUGGCACGUCCUCGACGUCCCCGCGAACUCCCCCGCCGACCACGCCGGCCUCCUCCCCUACAGCGACUACGUACUGGGCACCCCCGACGGCGUGCUGCACGGGGAGAGCGGGCUGGGCGAGCUCGUCGACGACUACAUCGGGCGCCCGCUGAAGCUGUGGGUCUACAACCACGAGUACGACGUCACGCGCGAGCUGGAGAUCGUGCCGAGCCGCGACUGGGGCGGCGAGGGCGCGCUGGGGUGCGUCUUGGGGUACGGGGCUCUGCACCGGCUGCCCGCGCCCCUGAGCGAGCCGGUGCAUGCGCCGGGGGAGACGCUGUUCGACGGCGAUGGCGCAGACCAGCACUUCACCAACCAACUCACCGCUCCCUUCCCUCCCAACACCAACACCAACAACAACAGCGACCCCGCCCCCCUCUUCAUCCCCGCCGCCUCCCCCGACUUCCUCGUGCCCGCGCAGCUCGUCAACUCAACCUCCACCCCACCCCCACCACCACCAUUAGUCGGCGCCGCGCCGCCGCCCCGCGGCAAGAAGAAGAGCGCGCACGGUGGCAAUGCGCCGAAGCUGCGGCUGAUGGACGACUACUUUGCCGAGGAGGAGAGGAGGAGCAAGGAGCUGGAUGGGAAUAUUGCGGCGAGCAAGACGCCGCCGCCGCCGCCGCCCAAGGUUGGUGGUGGGGCCGGGGGGCCGCCGAGAGCAGCAGCAGUGGCGCCGCCUCCUCCUCCUAAGGCUGCAGAGGAGGAGAAGAAGAAGACGACGACGAGUACAGGUAGUGGUGGAGGGGAAGGUGAGGGUGAGGGUGAGGGCGAGGGUGAUGAUGGUGUGGACUAAACCUUAGCAACAUUGAAUUCACUGUUUUUACAUCAAAGGUAGAUUUCAAGCAAGCACGAAUGCAACGCAAAAUACAACACCGAUGCUCCCAAGAGACAGCCAAUUUGUCUUUUAUUUACUCUAUUUUUAUGUGACCUUUUUUCGUUUCUGGUUUUU